GCGGUAGCGGAANAACUAUUGGGAAUAAUGGAACUACUUAUGGAGUGCUCANGACUUCUCAUGAAGGAUCUGAUCCUCAGUAUCAUCNGACUUGCCNAAACGNAGGAACAAACAUUUGCUAUGCCAACGUCUAUCGAGAGACUGAUCCCAUAUCUGNAAUAUCAUGUCCACCUAACUCUACUAUCGUCGGUCUUUACGGAAAACAAUUCCAAUACAAAGGUUCUUCAUAUUUCGGAAACUUGGGAUUUGUUUGCGGUUCUACAAACUCCAUUCAAUCUUACGUACACCAUUCUUCCGUUACGUUUGUCAACAGCACUGGAUCGACUAUUCCUAUCGGGUUUCAGCAGCAGUUGGAAUUGGACAGCACUGGGANAGGAANAAAUUCUUCAUGGACAAACGUCAUGUUUGACUGCGAUAGUUAUCNAGAUAAAGUUGAAGGAACCGUGGGCUAUUUUUUCCNAAGCGUUCCUACUCAAAUUAAAUCAAGUGAAAGUUGGAUCGUCAACUAUUUCGUCUAUCCAACUUCCAGCAAUCUUCNGAAUGACUCAACUACUGGAGNGAACACGAGCUACAGCAAAGACAGUGCCACAGACAACGGUGCCAGCAUCUUUUACUUUUACAAAAACUUUCAGGGUAGCUCACUUCCUUCUAAUGNGAAACUUGUUCAUAAUGNAGGAAACAACACUUUGCAAUUCGNAAAUGGAUCGUAUUUACAGACUUNGAGCUACAAAGAAGGAUCAAGUAAUAACUUGGUUUUGUUUGAAGACAGCGACAUUGGAAGCGAAUAUUAUCCUUUCAUUGNAGAGUUUAGUUGGAUGUACGAAAACCCUGACACAAGUUCUAUUGCCGGACNAGCCGAUUGCAUGGGAGNAGGAAUCUNAGCAGACCUUUCUGACACCUUUUCAAAAAGUGCAGGUGCAAGCUCCCCUAAUCUUCCUAGUGGAUAUGCAAUGUACUAUGAAUUUUACUUGUAUGACCUACCUGCUCUUUUUAUCAAAGGAACUUCUCCCAUUUAUUCCAACGCGAGCAUGUNGAAGGACCCUAAUAAGCAAAUAUACAGCUAUAGUCAGUUACAGGUCGAUUCUACAAAAAUUGUCGCGAAUCNAGCACAAAAUGUGGACAGCAAACUGUAUGUGGGCACGCCUUCCAGCUCGGAAAUUAGCGAAAUUCUUUCAUACCAAGGAACUGUUAGUGACUCCGAUGGGAAAAGUCUUUGGANAAGUUCGGCUGACGGAGGUGCUUGGAGCAAUCAAUACCUUUAUUGGUUUCGAGUUCGUUCAGGUCUUCCUCAAANGAGUCAACAAGUAUGACUUCCAUUAAAGAAGAAGUUUCUUACAGAGAAGCCCCAUGCUAUAAAAGAAAUAAUUGUUAU